CCAUGGGGAAUAACCUGAGCGUGCCAGAGGAAGCUGAGGAUGACAACACCUGCACGGUGAAGAGUUACCAGCCUCUCCCCGAGUCUCCCGAUGGUGUCACGAAUGGAUCCGCGGUGUUUGCUCAGAGCCCUCCCCCGGCAGUGAAUGGGGCAGCAGAUGCCAGGGCAGCAGCAGCCCAGGAUAACGCCGCCGUUUCUCCAUCGGAGCCAGCGGAGCCGGGUCCCGGAGGUGCCCGGGCGGGCGGGCAGAGCGGCGGGAGCGCUGCCAGCAGGGCCCUGCCAGCUGCCAGGCCCCGCUCCCUGCUGCCCUUCCCCUGGGCCGUGCCAGCGCCUGCCCAGCAGCCGGCGGCAGCUCCAGCCCCCGCAGAGCCCACCCUGGGUGCCAGCAAAGGCCCGGGCGAGGGCACAGCGGGGCCCGGGGCAGCCCCCCAGCAGGGAAGCCAUAAAAACCCCGGGCAGGCCCCGCUGCAGGACGUGGAGCGCGCGGGGACACCCGAGGGGCGCGAUGGGGCUGCCCCCAAGGGCAGAGCAGUGACACUCCUGGACAGGAUCUUCAGGCUGGAGAAGGGCACGGCGAGGACAGCAGGGGACACUGAGCAGGGCAGGCAGGGCCCGGACGUCCCCAACGGGAGCAUCGCGGCCCACGGGGAACCGCUGCGCAAGGAGAUAGAUGAGUGCAGCCAGAAGGAGCCUGGGCAGGACUCUGCAGGUGAACAAGACCUGGCUGCCCCUGGCAGGGCACAGGCAGAGCAGCACAGUCCCCAGUCAGCUGCAGCACAGGGCUCAGUCAUGAGCUUCCUCAAAACUCUGGUCUCCCCAAGCAAAGCUGAAGCCAAAAGUGAUUCUGAAGACAAGGGCUCCAGGGCGGAGAAGGGCCCGGGGGGCCAGGCUGGCCCGAAGGCAGCACCAGGAUCCCCCUCCAAAGGAGCCAAGAAAAAGAAGGCAGAGAGCCCCAAGCUGGGCCACGGCACCUUUAGCAAACUCUUUAGGCACAAGGCUGCGAAAGAAACCCAGCAGACAACCAACACCAAAAGCCCUGAGCAGCCUCCUGUGAGCUGUGUGAAAGCAGACAGAAAUGUCCCUGCCUGCCCAGAGCCGCUGCCCAAGCAGAACCCAAAAGCUCCGGAGGCCGCGGCACCUCCGCAGAGCGUGAGCACAGAACCACCCCGGGAGGGCACCAAGGACAAGGGCUCAGCCACCCCUCUGCCCCUCAGCAAGCUCUUCUGGAAAAAGAACUCCUCGGAAGAAGCAGAGGCCGUGAGCAAUGAGAAGGCAGAGGUGGCUCUGGAGGCCGUGGCCCCCGACAGGGACGAGAGCAAGGGCACAGAGAGCACCGAGGUGAAACCGCGAGGGGCGGAGAGCAAAACGCCCAAGGCAAACCUGAGGAAGUUCUUCAAGCUGACGUUGAACGCCACGGAGAAGCCUCUCGCCCCAUCCGAGAGCGACCCUGGGGGCCCCAGGAGCAAAGAGGGCCCCAAAGACAAGAAGGCCACGCUGGAGCUGGGCAGGCAGAAGGGCAGGGAGCAGCCCGAGCCCCGGGAGCAGCCAGCAGCCCAGCCUGACUCCAUCCACAACGGCGGCGGCGACGCCAAGGAGCCCUCCUACAAGAAGGCAGAGAAGAGGCAGUCCCUGGGAGGGUUUUUCAAAGGCCUCGGCUCCAAAAGGAUGUCGGAUGCAGAAGUGCAGACAGAUCCUGUGUCCAUCCUCCCUGCUGGCAAAUCCAAGUAGUGCCCAGCCCUGGCUGCUCAGGGAGGCUCAGCAGCUCUCUGGGAGCUCCAGGAAUGACUCCUUUCCUUUCUGGCAGCAGGAAUGACUGACUGACUGACUCCUUUUCCCUCCCACGGCCGUCACAAACACCCAGGGCUGAAGCAAACGCUGGCCACCACCGCAGGUUGUCACUGGCAGGGUUUGUUUGUUCCUCACCUGUAGAAAGCAGCUCCACAGAUCCCCAUGAAGUGUGUGUAAGGUAAGGUGCUGUGGAUGGUUUGAGGUGUGGGUAAGGCAGGCAGGAGGGUGGCAGAGAGUUCAGUAAAUGGCAGGAAAAGCAAGCGGGUGGCAGAGGAGGGCAGCGAGGCACGGGCAGAGAAUCCUUCGCUUCAGAGAGCUCGAGAGCAGCCAGGAAAGCACAAAUCCCUGCAGAAAUGUCCUGCUUUGGUGUAACCACGGCCCAGUCACUUCUGGGGGGUUUGGAUGGGGCUGGGAUUGGAGCUGAGCCCUUCAGCCCGGCAGAGCCCGCGGUGACCGAGUCCUGCUUGCUGCUGGUUAUUAAUGUAAAUUAAAACGCUAAAAUGCAAAGGCCUGCCGGGAUCGGGGCAGCUCCUGUCUCGGCCGGGAGGGGUGGGAUAACAAAUUAAAAGCUAUUUAAGGUUCUAAUAGGACACAAGAGGGCAGCCACGUCCCCUAACGCCGGGCUGUGCCUGCCAGCCCGGAAUUAAUGUUCCUUAGAUCAUAGGAAACUUAGCUGUUCAUCCUGAUGUUUGUUUAUAUCCAUACUUGUAAUUAAUCCUAAUAAAAACCAAAAUCAAAGCUGCCCAGGCAGCUCUCUGCUUCACGAGACUCCUGUAAUAACUGUAGUUAAUAAAUUUUACAGAAAAUAAAGAUUUCUGUUUGUUCAAGCCUAGCCUGUACAGGGAACCAGGGGCCUGACAUUUUAAUCCACACUGAUUUUAAUGAUGCAAUACUGUAUAUUUUGACAUCCUUAUCUUUAA